AUCUUACAUACAUACCUAACAUACCCAUAAGUCAUACAACAUACAGCCCGUACGGUCCAUAGGUUCAUACCUAGGUUCAUGCGGUCAUAGCCCAGUACCCAUCACAACUUAUCCACUGUACUACGAAAGACCCAAACUUUUUUUCUUUCCCUUUUUCUUUUUUUCACGAUGACUACUACAAUCAAGAAUGUCGCCGUUGUAGGGGCAACUGGGAAGAUCGGCCGCCCAAUCGUGGAUCGUCUUCUGUCUUCGAAACUCUUCAACGUGACUGUUCUCACGCGUGACGAGAGUCGACGGCGCGAACUCCCCGCAGACGUCGUCGUCAAGGAGGUAAACUACGAUUCUAUUGAGUCAUUGGAGUCCGCCCUCCAGGGACAGGAUGCGCUCGUCUCCGCAAUGGCCUUCGAAGCCAUUCACGUGCAGAAGAAUCUUGUCGACGCGGCGGCUAAGGCCGGCGUAAAGAGGAUGAUUCCUUCUGAGUACGGCAACGAUCUCUUAAAUCCUAAGCUAGCUGAUUUCCCCAUCUACAAGCCCAAAAUUGCUAUUCGUCAGCGUUGCGAGCAAAAGGUGAUGGAAAACCCGCCGUUCUCGUGGACUACGAUUCACAAUGCUUCGUUCCUCGGCCCAGACUGGACCCUAGACUUCAUCGUGGACGUGAAGCAGCGUAAGGCUGAUAUCAAGGACGGCGGUGACGUAUUGUUCUGCGCUACGACAUACGACGACAUUGCCCAAGCCGUAAUUGGCAUCUUGACCCACCUGGAAGAGACGGCUAACCGUCCCGUGAGGAUCUCUAGCGUCAACACGACCCAGAACGAGUUAAUUGCCAUAGCCAAGGAGUUGGGCGCUAGCGACGGCUGGGAUAUUACUCAUUCCAGAACCGAGGACCUGGAGACCAAGGCUUUGCAACGCUGGGCAGAAGGUGAUCAUAGCGAGGAGGUGAUCGCUAUGUUCAUCAAUAGGGCCUUCAUUGGCAAAGGUUGGGGCGGAUACUUCCCGGUCCGGGAUAAUGAUUUGUUGGGUAUCAAGGGCCUAGAAAGAGAUGAGCUGAAAGCCAUCAUCAAGCUUGCUAUGGACAGAUGAUCUGUGUACUCGCUAAAAAUCAAAAUGAAGAAGACUGUCUGAUGGGUAUCACUCUGUAUAUUCUGUACUAAUAUCGGUACUAAUAUGUAGAUCCCCUUCCCAGCGCUAUGGCACCGGG